AUGGAGGCGGCGAUGCGGUGGCUGGUCCACAACUGCCAGCCCGAGGACUCCCUCGUCUUCCAUUUCUCCGGCCAUGGAUCGCAGCGAGUCGCCGACCCCUACAGCGAGGAGAAGGACGGCCUCGAUGAGACUCUCUGCCCCCUCGAUUACGAGACCAAUGGAAUGAUCCUCGACAAUGAGAUCAAUGAAAUCCUAGUCAGGCCGAUCCCUCCUCGAGCUAAGCUUCAUGCAAUCAUUGAUUCCUGCCAUAGUGGUACUGUGCUUGAUCUGCCCUAUCUUUGUCGGAUCAACAGGACUGGGCGUUGCGAAUGGGAGGACCACACACCUCUAUAUAAGCAUAAAGGCACCAAAGGAGGGCUAGCUAUUUGUAUCAGUGGUUGUGAUGAUAAUCAGACCUCAGCAGAUACAAGUGAAAAUUACUUCACCCUUUUGUAUGUCCUUUCUCUCUUUUUUGGAAAUGAAGUAACACUCCACCCAGUUUCAAUUCCGAUAUUAUUACUGAAACUAGAUAGCAUGUUGAGGGAGGAUGGGGAAUUGGAGAUUCGAGCAGCUACUAUUGAUGUCGGAAUUCGUCAUGUGAACUUAUUGUUCUGCAAGUUGAGCUCCUUCAACCUUGGGCAAAAAUCUUUAAUGGCUUUGUCUGGCUCUAUUACAACUGGUGCCAUGACUUACAGUUUAAUUCUAGCUCUUGACAGUAAUCCUGGAAUAACUUAUGGAUGCUUGCUUUACACCAUGCGCUCUGUGAUCCAUGGAGCCGACAUAAGUUCCAAGGCCAGGCUGGCUGAUCCAAUCGGCUCCUUCGUAAGGAGAGUUCUCAAAUUUGGAUUAAGACAGGUGCCUCAACUCUCUUCUUCGGAGAGGUUCGACAUUUAUCGGAAGCCAUUUCUCCUAUGA